CGCGCCGGUGUCUCCCCACGUGCGUAGUGAACUAAGGGCAUCAUGUUGUAGAGAUGGGGGCUCGCGUGACCCGCGCCUUCAGGAACUUCAACGUGGAACAGCGAGCGGAGCGGGAGAUCAGCAAGAGGAAGCCUUCCAUGGCACCCAAGCACCGUUCCACCCGCGGCCUCCUGCAGGAGCACCUGAGUCAGUAUCCAGAAAUCGAAGAAGAAGUUUCUAGGAAAGAUAACAAGCUGUUGUCAUUACUAAGAGAUGUAUAUGUCGAUUCCAAAGAUCCGGUGCCUUCUUUGCGGGUAAAAGAUGUUGUACAACAGCAAGAACCAAAGGAAUUCAGACUGCCGAUAGGAAAUCACUUUAAUAAGAAUAUCAUGGACAUUCCCAAAGGCAAGAUUACUGUUGUGGAAGCAUUGACCCUUCUCAAUAACCAUAAACUCUCUCCAGAAACAUGGACUGCUGAGAAAAUCGCCCAAGAAUACCAUUUAGAACUGAAGGAUGUAAAUUCUCUUCUCAAAUAUUUUGUUACUUUUGAAGUCAAAGUCUUUCCUCCUGAAGACAGGAAAGCAAUACAAUCAAAAUGAAGAAAAUCACAAAA